AUGUGUGCCACCGGCAUUAAUCCUGCCAUUAAGGGCGACUGCUCAGGUCUACAAUCGGACGUCUUUGUUUGCAUCGGAAAGUCGGGAUACGCAACUACCAUCAGUACCGGCACGCCUGUACCUGUGACCCCAACCCCUGCCCAAACCGGAAUGGUGUCCGGUUGUCUUCGGUUCUAUGAUGUACAGAGCGGAGAAGGCUGCGCGGAUAUCGUAUCUCAGGCAGGUGUUGCUCAAACGGACUUCUACAAUUGGAAGCCCGGCUGUAAGCACGAACUGCGCCGGCUUGCAAGCCACCGUCCUGCAUUGGAACUGCCAGCCCAAUCACGGCGACCACUAGUGGAACUUCAAUAG